AUGGCAGUUCAAUCCUUGUUGUCCACAUUCCCAUCUCCGAAACAAAUUCUCCUUUCCCCAUAUGUCUCAGGACCCCUUCUCUUGUAUCUUACCAAAAUCAACCCCUCUGCUGUGGAGAAGAUCCCGUGGUUCAGGGAUCUGACCCUUGCACUCCCCUUCUCCCUCCCUUUCAAUCUUCGCAACGAUGUGACCCUCAGAGCAACCCCACUGCUGAAGACCUUGAGAUAUAUUUUUGCCCUGGGCGUUAUCAUUCAUCUCAACCGGUUCUUCAACCGUCUCGCGCUGAAUUAUGGCCAUUUGAAGAAACAGGGCGUCCCAUGGGACUUCCACACGGAAGGGAAGGAGACGAUCUUGAUCACAGGAGGAUGUAGCGGGUUUGGCAAGGAGAUGGUCAAGAUCUUCUCGCGACAGACGAAGAGCAAGAUCUUGGUUCUCGACGUCCAAGAUCUACCUGCAGAUCUCCAGGAUGUAUCCCGUUUGACUUACCACAAAGUCGACCUUACGUCCAACGAAGACAUUCACAACGUCAUCUCCCAAGUCCUCUCGCAAUCCCCACCAACGGUGCUGAUCAACAAUGCCGGGAUAGCUCAGGCCCACACGAUUCUCGACACAUCGGAUGCAUUCCUGGAGAAAAUCUUCCGCAUCAACGUCAUGUCACACUUCACGCUUAUCCGUUUGAUUCUGCCAACCAUGAUGAAACAACGGAAGGGCCACAUCGUCUCCAUCGCGAGCAUGGCCAGUUACACUGGACAAGCGUCGCUGGGAGAUUACUGCGCCACGAAGGCCGCCGUCCUGGGUAUGCACGAAUCUCUUGUUCUGGAGUUGAAGCACCGCUACGAGGACCAAGGUGGGCAUACUAUUCAAGCGAGCAUCGUGCAUCCCAUGUGGGCGAAUACUCCAUUGGUGGGCAGCUGGGCGCCAGAGCUUCAAAAGUCCGGGCAGCCCGUGUUGACCGCCACAGAUGUGGCCGAGCAAGUUGUGAAGCAGGUUCUGCGCGGAGAGAGUGGAAGUGUGUUUGUUCCUGAGAAACAGCUGGCGGGAUCCCUUAUGAGAGGGUUUCCGGAUUGGCUGGCCCUGACAGUGAGAGCGGGACUACAAAGUGCGACGGCCACAAAAGUGGCUUCCAAGGUGAUAUAA